AUGUCCAGCAGUUUGAAGGCCACUCUCAACAACGGUGUAGAAAUACCUCUUCUAGCAACUGGAUCAUACGCUCCACCUACGGAUGAUAAAGCUCAAGCAGCUGUUCCGGGCUGGAUUCUUAGCGCAAUCAAGAACGGUUUCCGUCACAUAGACACUGCCUGGGGAUAUCGCACCGAAAAAUCUGUUGGAAUAGCAAUCAAAGAGUCGGGUUUACCUCGGGAGGAAAUAUUUGUCACGACCAAAUUACCUUGGCAUCACCAGACUCGCGUACGAGAGUCUUUUGAGGAGAGUUUGGCGGACCUGGGAACCGGGUACAUCGAUUUAUAUCUCCUCCACUGGCCUCAACCUAUUUCCUUCCAUGAAGGCAACGAGAUGCCACGGAGAGCCGAUGGUUCCUACAAGACUGACGAUGAUGUAUCAUUCAAUGACACCUGGGCCGAGAUGGAAAAACUUCUCGACACUGGGAAAGUGAGAGCCAUUGGAGUCAGUAACUUCUCUGUAAUGAAUUUGGAAAAACUGUUGGCAACCGCAAAAGUUGUACCAGCUGUUAAUCAAGUCGAGAUGCACCCUUAUCUCGCCCAGAACGGGCUGCGUGAUUAUUGCACCAGGAAAGGCAUCUUGAUGACAGCAUACACUCCCAGUGGAUACAGCACCGUCCGAAAUGACCCGCUCAUUGUCAGCUUGGCCGAGAAGUACAAUGUGACCCCUACUCAAGUCAUUUUGGCCUGGCAUCUGUCUCGAAAAUAUGUAGUUAUACCUACUAGCAAAGACAGUACAAGACAGAAGGAGAAUCUUAACAUUCCCAACAUUUCUGAAGUGGACAUCGAGAAAAUCUGGCACCUCGACCGUGGCCAACGUCUUUGCAAUGCUGCGGAUCCCAAGUACGGACAAGUUUGGGGCUGGACACUCGAUCAACUCGGGUGGAACAGUUAUUACGCAAAAUUCGAGUGA